AUGAGAAGGGACUCGGGAGUAGGGCAGGUGUGCCUCGGUGAACAUUCGGUGAUUUACAGCGUGGACAGCCUCACCCGUGGGUUGGAACGACAACACUGGUAUGAGUGGAGGACGAUGGGACAGCCUAGUAGAACCGCGCCAAAGACCUCUCUGGUACUGCAGUACACGCGAUAUCGAACCAUAUUUCGAAAUUUUCUUUCACAUCCUUCGUUAGCCGCUGUUUGUCCCGCCGACGUUGAAGCUACCGAGUCUACAUACUCCAUAUCUGAGAUAACGCCAAAACGUUUAGGCCCUUGGAGAUUCGCUAUCUAA